AAAAUUGCUGCUCUUCAAGGAAGUAAAACAGACAGGAAGAAGUCGACGUCAAGAAAAGCUUUUGCAUCGUCUUCACUCCUCAGCAGCAGCAGGUAACAGCAGAAGGUGAAGAUGCCGACCCACAAAGCGUUUGAGUCUGCGGGGAAGCGUCCCGGCCUUCAGAUUUGGCGCGUGGAGAAGAUGGACUUGGGGGAAGUCCCCGCCGAACUGCACGGAAGCUUCUACAUGGGGGAUUCCUACAUCGUCCUCCACACCAGCCCCGCGCCGUCUUACAACGUGCACACUUGGAUCGGCGGGCACACGUCCCAGGACGAGAAAAUCGCGGCCACCAUUUUGAUGGUGCAGCUGGACGACUUCCUGAGAGGCGCCGCCGUUCAGUUCACCGAGCACCAGGGGGAAGAGUCGCUCACUUUCCUCGGAUACUUCAAAAAGGGACUCAAGUACCAGAAAGGGGGCGUGGCCUCCGGCUUCCAAAACGUGGUGUCCAACGAGGUGAACGUCAAGCGUCUGCUGCACGUGAAAGGGCGCCACCGCGUGCGCGCCACCGAGGAGGACCUGACCUGGGCCAGCUUCAACAAGGGCGACUGCUUCAUCAUCGACUUGGGCAAGAACAUCUACCACUGGUCGGGUAGCGACAGCAACCGCUACGAGCGGUUGAAGACCACGCAGCUCGCCAUCGACAUCCGAGACAACGAGCGGCGAGGGCGCGCGGAGGUGCACAUGAUCGACGAGGGAGACGAGCCCGAGGAGGUCAUCAAGGUUCUGGGGCCGAAGCCCGACCUGCCUCCGGGAAGUUCCGAUGCGCACGCGGUGCAGAAGGACAGAAGUCCGGCGUCGCUCUACAUGGUGUCCAACGCUACGGGCAAGAUGUCGCUGAAGGAGGUGGCCCCGAGGAACCCCUUCAAGCAGGCCAUGCUUUCCAGCAGUGAGUGCUACAUCCUGGACAACGGCCAAGAUCACAAGAUCUUCUUCUGGAAAGGUCGCGACUCCAACGCGGAAGAGCGCAAAGCCGCGCUGAACUUGGCCACAAAGUUCAUCGCGGACAAGAACUACUCGGACAAGUGUCAGGUCCAGAUUCUGCCGCAAGGGGCCGAGAGCACCCUGUUCAAGGACUUCUUCGAAAACUGGCUGGACAAAGACGAGACCACGGGUGUGAGUCAGGCGUACACCAAGGGCAGCGUCGCCGUCGUGAAACAGAUCCCCUUUGAUGCCUCCAGUCUCCACGGCAACAACCUCAUGGCCGCGCAGCACGCCAUGCCGGACGACGGAUCGGGGAAAGUGCAGGUGUGGCGCGUGGAGGGCGGCGGCCGCGUUCCGGUGGACGCGGCCACCCACGGCCAGUUCUUCGGCGGCGACUGCUACCUGCUGCUGUACUCGUACAAGUUGGACGGCAAAGAGAAGCACAUCAUCUACAUCUGGCAAGGAAUCAAGUCCAGUAAAGAUGAGCUGGGAGCCUCCGCCAUCUUGGCCGUCGCCCUGGACGACUCCAUGGGAGGCGUGGCUACGCAGGUGCGUGUGACUCAGGGCCAAGAACCUCCUCACCUGCUGAGCGUGUUCGGGGGCAAGCCCCUGGUGGUGCACCUGGGCGGGACGUCCCGCAAGGGGGGCAGCACCGAGCCGAGCGCCACCCGCCUCUUCCACAUCCGACAGAGCUCCACCAAGGCCGUCCGGGCCGUGGAGGUGGCGGCGGACGCGUCCUCUCUCAACUCCAACGACGCCUUUGUGCUGAAGUGGCCCAAGGGGACUUUUGUGUGGAAGGGUCGCGGGGCCACGCCGGAGGAGCUGGCCGCCGCCAAACACGUGAUCGGCAUCCUGGGCGGCGGCGCCCCCGUCGAGGUGGCCGAGACCAAGGAGCCCGAGAACUUCUGGAAGGUGCUGGGCGGCCGCAAGGACUACCAAACCUCGUUGACCCUCCGGACCGCCAAAGUGUGGCAACCCCGACUCUUUGAAUGCUCCAACGCCAGCGGACGCAUCCACGUGGAGGAGGUCCCCGGAGAAUUGGACCAGCUGGACCUGGAGACCGACGAGGUCAUGAUUCUGGACACGCACUGCCAGCUCUUCGUAUGGAUCGGCAAGGACGCCAACGAGACGGAGAAAAAAGGAGCGGCGCGCAUCGCCGAGGAGUAUUUGAAUUCGGACCCGAGCGGCCGCCACGGGACUCCCAUCAGCACCGUCAAACAGGGCGAGGAGCCGCCCUCCUUCACCGGCUGGUUCCUGGCCUGGGACCCCACCCUGUGGGACAAAGACCCCCUGGCCAUCUUCGGCGCACGUUGAGACACAAAUUGCUUUGCCUUGUCGCGUACUCUCGCGUCGCCUGCCUUUUUGUCACUUCUAAUCCAGUGGGCGGAGUCAUCUCGGUCGCUAAUCAUCUCUCAGCUCGCUGCCAAAGAAAAAAAAAUGUUGACGGAAAGGGAAAGUCGAGUCACACUCUGGCCAAUUUCAUCGCUGCCUUGGGAUUAACGCUUUCAAAUUUGCCAGAUUUGAUUUAUUUGUUUGGUCUUUACACAGCGAGAGAUACGACAUCGGACAAAGAUAGCCACGCCAAAAUGUUUUUAUAUGUAUGGUGAAAUCUACACACAAAACUGCAAACACUGAAAUGUUCUGCCUGUCAUUCAAAUCUUGGGUGUAUGCAAAAAAAGGAAAUGAUUUGAAGGGCGCAACUAUUUUGAAUUGACGGCCCUUUUGAUGGCUCAUCAAAUUUUUAAUUUGGCCACGUCGUCGGCCUCAAAACAAAUCGGCGCUGCUCGGUGCCGAGCCAAAAGAUGAGUGAGUGGCCCUCGACCGGGGGUGUCCGCAGUGGGUCCUCGCGGGCCGCCGUCCCGCCCGUUUCGCGGCUCUGCCGGGAGCAACGCGCCUGAUUCAAAUCAUCGGGAUGCUUGUCAUGCUGCUUCCCGGCCGGCUCAUCGGAAUCGGCUGCGUUGCGGCCGGCGGAGCCGGGAAACGGGCGGGACGGCGGCCCUCCGGGCCCGGCGCUGGACUCUCGUCUCUCUUUUUGGCAGCGGCUCAUUUGAAGACUUCUUGCCCUUCCGGUCACACCGCUGUUUUGUGUGGAAUCUUCCUUCCUUCCUUCCUCCCUUUGCUUUCUGCCUGCUUGCAAGCCGAUUUGGAUGGGAAACAUUCUGAGGCUUUUCAAUAAACAUCGGAACAAG